UCACCGCCCAAAACUUUUUAUUUGUUGGUUCCGAUUACACAAUCAGACAUGUCCUAUUUUGGAUAGCUCUGUCUCUAUUCUACAACAAGCAGCUUGGGGAGCACUUUCCGCAAAUCCUUCUCUUCGAGUACGCCUCCUCCCACAACAACAAGCCGCUCCACGUCCCUCACUUCUCCGAGGACGUCCCGAAUUCCUUCCCCACCCGACACCGACACGCCGAGCACCUUGACGACGCACCCCGACCUCCGGACUAACCCUCUCAGCGCCAACGCGUCCCCUCCCCCAAGCACACCCAGCACUUCCAACUUUGGUAGUUCCAACCACGCAAGUAACCCUCCCACGCCCUCCCCCCCCGCGCGAACCCACAACUCGCGUAUGACAUCAUGCCUAACCGGCCACCCGGCCACCACCGCCGGCGUCACCCAGCUCCUAAACACCCUCACCGCCCUCAUCCUCUCCACCCACUCCAGAUUCUGCUCAUACGUCGGCACGCCCCGACACAGCCCCGCCCCCCGCCAGAACACAAUACCCGCCCUCUUCAACGCCCUUUCUCGAAUUCCCACUCCUCCAGACCCUCCCACCGCACACCCAGGACCCCUGCAGGGUACCCACACGUCCGCAUCCUCUUCACGUUCCCCAGUUUCACCGGUUCCGCUUCCUCAAACGCCCUAUCGAACCUCCCCCCACCCGGAUUCACAAACACCAGUCCCUCCACCUCCCUCCCCCUCCCACUCCCCAACACAGCCCGCACACUCUCCUCCCCCCCAAGAUCAACCUCCACCUCCCUCCUCCUCCCCCUCAAACACCCCACUAACGGAUUCCCCCCACAAACUGGGAUCCUCCCACUAACCCGGAGCCUCACCCCCCUUCCCUCCUCUCCCCCUCUCCAAAUGCCUCUCCAAACACCACACCACCCUCUCCACCCUCGGAUGCAGCGCCACCACAUCGAAAUUCACAUGCACCCGCAUCCACAGCGCCGGGAGGCUCACCCCCGCCGUGCGCCAGUGUCCGCAGACUUGCGUGAGCGUCCACGCGGGGUUGGAGAGGAAGUCGGCUUGCGGGGGGAGGGAGGACACGCACAGGGUGAAGAUCUCCCGGAGGACGUCGUAUGGGAGUGUCGAUGCUGGCGAAGGCAUGUUGUUGUUAUCAGAUGCAUAUGGAGGAAGAAUACCGACAAAUACGUACCGGGCCGGGAAGCUAUGGUACUUGAUGUCUCCUUCCCCUCCUUGGCCUUGCGAGCGGUGGCAUAUUGUGUUGCGUAUGGGAACGACGGCGACCACUACCUCAUUACGAUUCGGAACGAGCUCCGCUCCGUACUUGGAUACUUAAUAUCUCACUCGACCAGACACGACUUUUAACGGG